AUGGAAGCUCACCGAGUUCAACUCAAGGUAGCUCUGUUACUCUUACUCAUUAACUCGGUCUUGACUCAGCAGGUGGUGCGUCUGAGUUCCCGCUCAGAGUUUUCGGCGUUGCUCGAUCUCCGGUCGAGUUUAGGGAUUAGGGCUAAAGAUUGGCCAAGAAAGACCGACCCAUGUUCUCGCUGGAGAGGGGUCGAGUGCCGGACCGGCCAAGUUGUCGGAAUCACUUUGUCCGGGUUGAGGCGGACUCCGGCCGGCGGUCGAAAUCCCGGGUUCGCCGUCGAUUCAUUGGCCAAUUUUACUCUUCUAGCUAAGUUUAACUCAUAUGGGUUUCCACUUCCUGGGUCUAUACCGGACUGGUUUGGUCAGAGACUCAGUGCACUCCAAGUGCUCGAUCUUAGUUCUUGUUCAAUAACCGGUUCGAUUCCUUCUUCUCUUGGGAUUUUAAGUGGAUUGAAUUCUCUGUAUUUGUCUGAUAACUUUCUAACUGGUGCCAUACCUUUGAUAUUGGGCCAAUUAUUGUCUCUAUCAGUUCUUAACCUUUCGCGAAAUUCAUUCACAGGAACAAUUCCAUCUGGGUUUUCAUCUCUUCUCAAUCUUAGUACCCUUGACCUCUCUUCAAAUUUCCUAUUUGGGCCAAUUCCUAAUAAUCUUGGUUCACUUUCUAGGCUUAAGUUCUUGCAUUUGCAAAACAAUAGCUUUGAUGCUUCUAUUCCUGUUGAGUUAGCUAGCCUUUCUCAACUGAUUGUACUUGAUCUUGGACACAACGGUUUGUCCGGGUCGUUGCCAAAUGGUUUAUUUUCGAAUCUCACUCAGCUCCAGUAUGUAGUUUUGAGUAGGAACAGUUUCGAUGGUAAUCUUCCUGAUGUUCUGUCGUCUUUGCCCGCCUUGCGCCUUCUUAACGUAUCUAGCAACAAGUUCACAGGUGUUUUACCGAACCUUACUGCAUUUUUUAAUGCCACUGGCGCGGUGGUUGACUUGUCCGAUAAUUAUUUUCAAGGUCCAGCUCCCAGUAAUACAGGGACCAAUGUUGUUGUCAAUGGAAAUUGUUUACAGAGUUUGCCAAAUCAGAGGAGUUUGCAGGAUUGUAGAUCGUUUUAUGCUAGUAGAGGAUUAAUUUUUGGUAAUGAUAUAGCCCCAAAUCCUUCUCUAGAGCCUGCAUCAAUCAGCGAAAAACGAGUGACGUAUAGACUGGUGGGACUGUUUGGCGGACUCGGUUUCAUUGUACUUUUAUACUAG